CCAUCAUAGUAAAAGUCGAUUAUUAUUUCUCACCCAAAAUGUCCAAAUUAUUAGUGUGUUUCGCGCUCUGCCUGAUCGUCAUCUGCUGCUUAUCCCUCACGGAGGCCGCACCAGCGAGAGAGCUUGAUUGGCGUACAGCUAUUGACUAUAUUAUUGCCGCAUAUGAACAUAAAUAUCCUGGUCCAUCAAAACGGUAUGCGCCGGAAUAUGCGCAUGUCAUCAAUCCUAAGGCCUUCAAUCCUUAAUGAUUAUCUUUAGUUGUUGUGUGUUCGAAAUUUAAGGCUUA